AUGGGCAACGCGCAGGUGCCGCGGGUCGACGAGCCGAGGUCGCUGCUCAGCGAGUACAACGACCUCGCGUACCAGGAUGUCCUCGGCAGCUACAAGCUGUUCAAGGUCACGCGGUGCGUCCACGAGCGGGAGGGCCUCGUGCUGGUCAAGCUCUUCAUCCUCAGGGACGGCCAGCCCGACCUGGAGGUGGUGAAGGCCAGGAUUUUGCAGGUGAAGGAUGCCUUCAGGAGCCAGUGGUUGUACCCAAACGUGGUGCCUUACCAGGCGUGCGAGAUCGCCGGGCAGUCGGCAAUUUUGCUGCGGCAGCACUUCGCGCGCAACCUUUACGAGCGGAUCCACACGAGACCCUUCCUGUCGGAGACACUGAAGUGCUGGCUUGCCUUCCAGGUGCUCUGCAGCGUCUGCCAGGCCCACUCCGCUGGCGCUGCCCACGGAGACCUAAAGACCGAGAACGUCUUCGUCUCCUCCUGGAACCACGCCACCCUGACAGACUUCGCCAUGUUCAAGCCGCUGCUGCUCCCAGAGGAUGACCCUUCGGAGUUCUCUUUCUUCUUUGAGUCGAAUCUGAACCGCCGGCGCUGCUACCUAGCACCAGAGCGCUUCGACUCUCCCGACCCAGGUCGGCCGACACCGAGCCUCUCCCGCUUCUCUUCGAAGCUGGCGGCGAUGGACGUCUUCUCGCUGGGAUGCGUCUUGGCGGAGCUGUACCUGGACGGCCAGACGCUCAUGGACCUGCCUGAGCUGCUGCAGUACAGGUCCCGGCAGCUUGACCUGCAGGCCAAGAUCUCGCAGGUGAGGAGCGGCGCCGUGCAGGAGAUCCUCGGGUCCAUGCUGGCCCGUGACCCCGCGCAGCGCCACACCUCCAUCGAGUACCUCCGCCGCUUUUGCGAGCAGGCAGCUCCCGCAUGCUUCUGCAACUGCCUGCUGCCCCUCUCGGUGCUGUUCCUGCACCCGAUCUACCAGCAGCCCGACAUGCGCGUGGCCCUGCUCAGAGUGAACUUUGCCGGCAUCCUGUGGUCCGUCGUCGGGCCGGCAAGGCUCUCCCGUGCUGUAGGCGUGGAGUGCCCUUGUAGUCCGUCCGCCAGCGGCGCAGACGUCGCCGCGGUGUGGGAGGCCUGGCAGCAGAGAGUCCAGCGGGUGGUCAGGUUCAUUGAUGAUGCGAGUCUGCACGGAAUGGUGAACUCUGCCGUCCAAGCCGCCUCGCAGUGGGGCCAGGAGCCACAUGCAGAUGUUGUCGUACCGGCAGCGCCAGGGGGCCAGCGCGUGGCUUCGGGCGGCAGCGGCAUUGCGGACGCCCAGCAGCACGUGGAGACGCAGGCUCUCGCGCCAGCGUUGGCUCACCCGCUCCUGAAUGAGGCACGGUGCGAGCGCUUCGUGAACGAGCUCUUCGCCCAGUGGGAGGAGGGCUGCCAGCGGUGCACCUCGGCGGGGGUCGUGGACGACGGGGAGGAGAAGGCUGGCGCCAUCUACGAGUCCUUCCUGGCAGACCUCUGCGCCGGCGGCCUCGGCGCCGCGCCCGGGCCGCCAGGCCCCGGGGCGCGGGAGCGGCCCGCCGCGGGCCGAGCCAGCAGCGGGAGUGGCGCCGCGGCCCCUUGGGAGGCCGAGGAGGACGAGGUGCAGGGUGCGCUGGGCAUCGUGUGCGGCUUCGUCUGCUCCGCCGUGCAGCACGUGGGCAAUGCGCGCUUGAGGUGCGUGUGCCUCGACAUGAUGGAGCUCCUGGCGCCGUUCGCUUCCCAGGCCGUGGUGCUGGAGCAGAUCGUGCCGUACUGCCACGCCCUCAUGAGCGACCCCUUCGCCAAGGUGCGCGCCAGUGCCAUCGAGGCGCUGACGCGUUCCCUGGACCGCGUCGAGGAGCUCCCCCCCCGGGACUCCCCGCUGUUCAUGGAGUACAUCUUCCCGCAGCUAGUGAAGCUCGUGCGGGCCUCCGACGAGCUCACGAUCGUGCCGUGUUUUGCUCUUCUGCCCAUGAGCGGGAUGAGCGGCGGCGAGCCCGUGGUGCUGCUGGCGGUGGCGCAGAACAUCGGGGCGCUGGUGCGGCACGCGAUCCGCCUCGCCGAGUCCUCGGUGGCCGCCGCGCAGCGCGGCGCCGCGCCGGGCCGGCCGGACGGAGGGCCCGCCGCCGCGGAGGCCUCGGCCGGGCGGCCUCCCGGGGCUGCCGCCGAGGAGGCGGUCGCGGGGGCGCGGCCGCCGGUGGAGGUCGAGACGUUCGACGUGCAGUGCAAGCACCUGCGCGAGGAGGCCAAGAAGAUCGUCAAGGCCCUGCUGGAGCAGUCGGGCGGCGGCCACAUCGUCGACGGCGUGGGGGCGGCUCACGAGGACCCGAUGCUGAGCCUCGCGACGUCUCGGGAGGUGAAGGUGGCCCUGCUGCGGAACAUGUGCGUGCUCGCCGACUGCUUCGGCCGAGACGGCACCCACAACUUCCUCCUGCAGCACGCCAUCGCCUUCAUGAACGACCCGGCCCUGGAGGUGCGGGCCGCCUUCUGCGAGGAGGCGGCGUUCCUGCCGCGGAGGGUGGGCCAGGUGUCCGCGGAGGGCAUCAUCUGGCCGUGCUACGAGCAGGCGCUGCAGGACCAGGAGGAGCGCGUGCUCGCCGCGGCCCUCGCGGGCCUCGCCGCCCUGGUCCAGCAGGAGGUGCUGCGGAGGCCGAGCCUCGUGACGGUGGCGACCAAGGUCGCGCCCCUGCUCGUGCACCCCGCCGUGCACGUCCGCGCCCGGGCCGCGGCGGUCUUCGAGGCGCUGGGGUCGCGGCUGAGCGCCGUGGACCAGUACGUCUUCGUGAUGCCCGCGGUGAGGCCGCUGCUGCGCGUCGAGGUGCCCAGCCUGCGGGCUGCGCCCGGCGUGUUGGCGCGGCCGCUGGGCCGGCGCCUCUACAAGCAGGCGAUCCUGCGAAGGGGCGCCGGCGAGGGGCUGCACGACGCCCUGCUGCACAAGAAGCCCCUGCCCAGCGUGGGCCUGCCGCAGGGGUACGACGAGGAGGAGUGGGGCGCGCUCGAGCUGCUGCGGCCGUACGUGCACCUGCUCCUCCGCUCGCGCCCUGGCGCGACUGGGCUCGGGCAGGGCCUGGCUGCGAAGGAGGACUGCUUCGCCUUCUCCGUGCCGCUGGCCGCCGUGCAGAGCGUCCGCUACGCCACGGUGAACCCCGGCUGCGCCCCCAGCCGCCCCCUCCACGGGCUCGCCGAGGCAGAGAUCGCCGGCGCGGCCGCGUGCGCGCCCGCGCUCUUCCCCGGGAGAGGCCCGCGCCACCCUCUGAGCCUCUUCUCCAUGCACGCCUUCCUGGCGCGGGCCCUGCAGCUGCCGCUGCGGCGCAGGGAGCUCGGCUCCCUGACGAACCUCAACGGCGCUCCAUACUCGAUCUACUCCGCUGGCGCCGACGCGGGUGCCGGCGACCUGCCGUCGCGGGCGGCGUCCUCGGGCGGCCUCGCCGCGGGGACGCAGCCCUCCCCUGGCCAGCAGGAGCUGUGGGAGGCGCCCGCGGAGCCCGACGCCGACGCCGAACCGGCCGCAUUGGCGCAGGGCGCGCCGCUGAGCGCGAGCGGGGCGCUGGGCGCCGAGGCCCUGCCGCUGAUCGGCUUCGACGGCUGCCCCGGCGACGGCCGCCGCGCCAGCGUGCAGCGCGCGCCGCGGAGGCCCAGCGUCCUGCUGGCCACGCUGUAUGAGUACGCCCAUCAGAGCGGGGUGCCAGUCGUGAAGGUGGACACCACCGACGACAGCCGCAUCCUAGUCACCGGGGGCAAGGACGGCGUGGUGAAGCUGUGGAACUGCGCGCAGCUGGAGCGCGACGUGGCCGUGUCCUCGUCCCACACGUUCACGAUCCCCUGCGGGAGUGCUGGGCGCAAGCAGCGGCUCAGAGCUCUCCGGACGGUGCGAGAUGCGAAGGCCGUCGCUGUGGGCUCUGAGUCGGGGGACGCGCUCCUCUACAAGAUAGAGCCCAGCCGCGCUGGGCCCAGCGCCACCCAGGUCUGCCGCUUCGAGCCCGGGGGCAGGCCGGGCUCCUGCGCGGUGAUGUGUAUGGAGCAGUUCGACAACGAGCUGGAAUCGCUGGUGGUGUUCGCCCAGGCCCACGGCGCUGUGCAGGGCUGGGACAUCCGGAGCCAGUCUAGGAGCUGGUCUGUGUCCUCCGUGCCGCCGUGGCUUGGAAUCCCAAGCUGCCUGGCGCUGGGCAGCGAUGGCCACUCGAUCUGCGUGGGCACCCUCAGCGGUGGGCUGCUGGUCUACGACCUGCGCUUCCUGGCGCCGUGGAAGCAGUGGCGGGUGUCCUCGGGCGCGGCGAUUCUGUCGAUGAGGAGCACCACGCGGCAGUGCCUCUGCAGCUGCUGCGACUGCCUCCGGGACACCAAGGCGGUGGAGAACCUGCGCUGCGGGAAGGGCAGGCUGAGAUUGCGGUGUCUGAUCUACUACUUGAUGAUCCGGCCGCCCAUCCUGAUCGUCGUCAACAUCCCCCUCGGUUACCCGCUGGACUUCUGCCCGGCACUUGGGUCCACCGUGCGCUGCUUCUUCGCGUUCCUGCUCGCGGUCCUGCUGCGCCCGGCACCGCAGGAGGCGCUCCAGGAGGACGCGGUGUCGGCGGAGACGCGCUGCCGCUUCAGCAUCGCCACGGCCAUGCGCCUGUGCGACUUUGCCCAGGAGGCGUACAAGGCCUCGAUCUGCCCCGCGACCGUGACAGUCAGGAUGCCGAGCUGCUUUUGGUCCUGUGGCCGACGCCGAGACACGGGCGCUGCAGUGUUGUGUCUGCGCUCCCAGGGCGUUGCCGCCGAGUUCUUCGGGGCCCCGGGGCCCCGCUGGGAGGGGGCCGUUGGGGUGGGCGCGCCCCGCCCGUAG